AUGAAGGUCUCCGUCACCUGCUUUGCCCUUCUCGGGCUUGGCUGCGCACACCUGACUCUUGUUGACAGAGCACCCCAGGGUCCGUACAAAGAGACGCCGCCGGGCAAACAAAUUACUGAAGCAAUAAAGAACGGCAUCAAGGAUUGGGGGCCAGCUGGGUCGCUAAAGCCCCCCGAAGGCGGCCCCAAAGCCCCAAUCAAGAACAUGCCAGGGGGCUUGCCGGAGCUUCGCAGGCCCAAGCCGGGCAGUUCAGACUGGAGGGACGAUACACUUAAGGGACCGAGAAAGAAGCCAGGCACCACGUAUCCGAAGGGCUCACCAUGCCUGAAGCGCGAUGGGCCAUGCCUGCCGGGCUCGAGCCGCUCAAAGGGAACAAAGGUCGCAAAGUUCAGCCGCUUCCGCGUGCCCAAGUCCGUUGGCAGAGCUACCGCAUUCAUGGUCGUGGCGCCCUAUGCUCACGACUUGCUCGAUAGGCUCAAGCAGUGGGAUAACCCUGUUGGGCACGCCGUGAGGUGGUUUGACGAUGCUAUGGCCAGCCUACAAGAGGCCAUUGGCGGCCCCCAACGCGAUGACAUUUACGGCAAUGAGCUCAAGUAUAAAAUCGUCAAGGGCAUAGGGGGCGCUUUGCAACCGUGGGAAACCACUUAUGAAAUGCACGAGCGCCUAAACAUGGAGGCAGCCGCCAAGGAAAAGGCCCGCCAAAGGGCUGAGGAAGAAGAGAAGGAGAGAAUCAGGGGCCUUGAAGAGCUCUCGGAGACGUGUGAAAAGCUAAACACGGAGCGACCGGAAGACGAUGCCCUUGCGGCCCAGCUUGAGAAGAGCUGCGGCAAGCUAGCGGCUGAGCUUAAAAAGAUUGAGGAUAAAGAAGCAGCGAGGGCGAAGAAGAAAGUGAAGAAGGACCCAAUAAUCGUGUUCGGAAAGUGCAGGGCAAGUCUAAACCACAUCGUCAUCUAG